UACUGGCCUCCUUUCUGGCCCUUCCCAUCAGCCGGGAAGCCUGGAUCGUGGGCUGGGGGAAGCCGUAGCUGCUCCCACCUGGCUCCCACUGCCCCUGGCCGCUAGGCACCUGCUCUGGGCCCUGGAGUCCUUUAAAACCGACAGCAAAACGCUAGAAGAUUGCAUCCCGGUGUGUGAACAGCCUUGCAGGGGAAAACAAAACCAAAAAAAUAGAUCCGAAUCUCUCCAUGUUCCCUUCUGAGAAUCCUGCCUCUGUCACAAGAACACACUUAGGUUAGCCUGCUGGAAGGGAGUCAUCCCAGCUGAGGCACUGAGACCAGCCAGCACUCUGCCAGCCUACCAGUGUGAGUGAGCCCAGGCUAGAUCAGCCUAGCCCAGCCCAGCCCAGCCCAACCCAGAGCCAGAUUUCACACUGAGCAGCUGCAGACGGAGAAAUCAGAGAAAGCACAACCAGCCUCGGAUUCCGAGGGGCCUGCCGGGCGCUCCGCCUGCUCCGGAGGGAAGCCCUGAGGCCGCUCUCUCGGGCCAGGUCUCCGCUGCCAUGGAACCCGCAGCCGCCACCCCCCGGCUGCCCUCCGCACUGCCGGGCAGAUAAGGGUGGCGCUGCCCCAGGAGCACCUGCGACCCUGCCAGGCCAUCCUCCCUGGCCAGCCCUUCUUCCGCUUUGGGCCACCUGUGCUGACCUGAUGCCAUGUAGGCCCCCUCGGGCCUCUGGGGACAGACACACCACCGGGGACGCCGCCUCUGCAGCCUGGGGGACCCUGCGCACCACCAUGCCCCGGGGAUUCGCCUGGCUCCACUAUCUCGGCAUCCUCCUCGGCAUGGCCUUGGGGAACCAGGACCUGGAGGUGUGGCCCCUGACCCAGAGCAAGGAGUGCGCCCUCACUGGCAUCCUGCGGGACAGGCUGCAGUACAGGAACCGCCUUCAGUACAUGAAACAGUACUUCCCCAUCGGCUACAGGGUCAGCAUGCCUUACGAGGGGGUGCUCAGAGCGGCCAACGUCACGAGGCUGCAGAGGGCCCGCGUGAGCCAGCAGGAGCUGCGCCACCUGUGGGUCUGGGUGAGUCUCAGCGCCACCGAGGCCGUGCAGGGGGUGCUGCUCGAAGGCCACCCGUCCUGGAAGUACCUGAAGGACAUCCACUCUCUGCUGGUGGAAGUCCAGCAGGCCCUCGGGGAUGUGAAGCUCAGCCCCCCGGUGGAUGCUGUGCUGUCCCUCCUGAGUGACCGGCGGCUGAGCCUGAAGCUGGUGCGGCCCAAAGCCCUGCUGGACAACUGCUUUCGGGUCAUGGAGCUGCUGUACUGCUCCUGCGGUAAAGAAACAUCCGUCCAAAACUGGCAGGACUGUCAGGUGCCCAGCCCUCAGCCCCUCGGCCCGGAGCCCCUGCCGCAGUGUGUGGCCGCCUAGCUGUGCUCUCCGCUCCAGCAGCCCUGCUCUGGCUCCAAGGCCGCCAGGCUCACGCAGCUACUGAGGGCAGAGGCCUCCUGCCCAGGGGGAGGUGGAGGCGCUCCCACAGUCGGACUGGGCCUGAGAGGUCGCUGGGUGGUGGGGGGCGCCCCCUUUGGGAGAGCCCCAGGGAGGGUGUUUUUCCUUUGGAGGUGUCCUGUCGGGGGAAGGCUCAGCUCCCCACCCUCGGGGCCUCACAAGGUCUCUUGGGGGGUGGUGGGGGCCUGGGGGCACCUGGAGGCGAACGAGACAGCUCGAGGCCCCUCCUGGCACCGCCCAGCUGUGCCCGGUGGGCAGGUGGGUGUGGCGGACACAG